CGCUGGCCUGGAACGCCGACCAGCUGUCAUCCGGGAGCCGCGACCGCAUGAUCCUGCAGAGGGACAUCCGGACCCCGCCCCUGCAGUCUGAGCGGGCUGGCGUCGGGCGGCGGCCCGGCCGACCGCUGCAUCCGCUUCUGGAACACGCUGACGGGGCAGCCGCUGCAGUGCAUCGACACGGGCUCCCAGGUCUGCAACCUGGCCUGGUCCAAGCACGCCAAUGAGCUGGUGAGCACCCACGGCUACUCGCAGAACCAGAUCCUCGUGUGGAAGUACCCGUCGCUGACCCAGGUGGCCAAGCUGACCGGGCACUCCUACCGCGUCCUGUACCUGGCAAUGUCCCCUGAUGGGGAGGCCAUCGUCACUGGGGCUGGAGACGAGACCCUGAGGUUCUGGAACGUCUUCAGCAAGACCCGCUCGACAAAGGAGUCCGUGUCUGUCCUCAACCUCUUCACCAGGAUCCGGUAAACCCGCAGGUGGGACGCAGCCGCCCGGGGGACCCCCUGCUCACCCGUCUGCAUGGACCCUGCCCUCCCCGGUGCACGUGCCAGGAGGACACGGGGCGGGCGGGCUGGAGAACCCGGAGAGUCGCAUUAAACGACUGAUUGGCA